CACGGUAACCCCUGCCUGUCGUAAGAGGCGACUAAAAGGGGGACCUAGAGGAGUGAGUAAAAGAGUGUGAGACUAAAAAGUAUGGAUAAGGAUGAGUGGAAUUAUAGGGAAAUUUUCUGUAAAUUCAUCCCGAAGCACCGUUGGUACUCUUUGCAUGUUGACAUUAUCACAUUGGGGUGUCAGGAACCCCGGUGCAUAGGUGACGCAUCGUCAAAUUGUGACAAUGGCUGCUCCGGUAAAGAAACGCGAUAUUCAACGAAAUAUCGACAACAGAAGUAGUGAUGACGAUGAUCAGAGUUCAUCAAACAGCGAGGAUAAUGAACAAGAUGUACCACAAGAACAGGGAAUGGAAAUUCAAGUAGAUUUUGAGGGAAGAAAUCCAUUAGAUCCAGAUUAUCAUGGCAUUAAGACCCUUUUAAAGCAGCUCUUUUUGAAAGCACACAUUGAUUUAGGUGGUCUUACAGACUUGAUUAUUUCUCAAAACUAUGUGGGUUCAGUUGUCAAACAAUCGGAGGAUUUAGAAAUUUCAGAUGACGAAGAGAGUGACAUUAAUGAUGUAUUUGGUAUCACCACAGUAAUUAAUUUAUCCAAUGGACAAAAUUAUCUUUGUGUACAACAACUCAGAGACUUGCUAAGGCAGAUGGCUAAUGAGCAUGCAACGGAUGCAACAAACACCAUGAUAAAACAUGUUCUUGAAAAUGAUUCUGAAGCAUUAGGCUUAUUAAUUAACGAAAGAUUUGUUAACAUUCCAGCUCAAAUUUCUGUACCGCUAUUGGAAAACUUAGUUUCAGAAAUAAAACGGGCGAAUAGCAGAAAAAUGCCCUUCAAUUUCUCGUAUUAUAUACUGAUAUGCAAACUGUAUAAGACACAAGACAAGAAAAUACAAAAGAGACUGAAAAAUAAAAAGAAGGACAAUGUAGAGGAGCCUAUCAUUAUAUGGAGUAAUCCGGAGGAAGAAAUUUUUGCUGAAGAAGCUACGGUUAGUUUCGAAUUUUCGGUAGAAAAAGAUUCGGAUAGUGGUUUAUGUGGAACAUGGAGCGAGGGGGAUGAUGAAAUGACGCCCUAUAGAAGGGUGCUUUUGUUGGACGCCAACAAACUUGAACCAAUUAUCGACAAAAUAAAAAACCAAAUUUCUUAAUCAAUCUAAAUAUUGAUUCAUCACAUAUUCCUAUGAGAUCCUUCCUAGUGAUAUAAUAAAGGAAGGUAUAUUGCUUUCAAAGAAGAACUUCUUUGAUUAUCUUUUUGUACAAUGAACUGUAUUUUUACAGUACAUGUAAUCGGCUUUUUAUAAUACACCUUUUUCAUAAUGCUUGCUGCAAAUCUGUCUCCUAUCACUUGCCCUUCAACCGUCUUUUUAUUUAUCUGCUGUACAUAUGAAGAAUACGUCCUGCACACUACACAAAUGUAUUUCAACUUCAUCAUAUAAACCUAUGUAUCUUAUAUAUGUAAUAGUAAAAAAGAAUUUAUUUUUUCGGCUAAAUAAAUAAUAUCAUCGUAAGCA